UAAUCUCCACCCAACCCUGUCCGCCCUUCACGAAAUCUGAAGAAGCCUCCGGCGGAGGUGGUGCUGCAGUGGAUCGCGGCCGCCUGGGAGGCAGUCCCUUCCGACCUCAUCCGCAAGGCUUUCAAGACCUUCGGCAUCUCCAACGACCUCGAUGGCCUCGAAGACGACCUCAUACUCGCCCACAUGCGCGACAAGGCGGAGCUGGAGGUCAUGGACGAUGUGCAUGCAGAGGUUGAGACGACCGGCGAGAAGACGAACCCCCUCUUCGAAGCCGAGUUCGUAGAGCCGACCGCCGACGAGCUCUCGGAGGACGAGGAGUGUGACAUCACUGUCAACGUCGACCUGCCGCAGCAUGCACCAACGACACCUGGCGCGGUCGAUGUGGCGGAAUCCUCUGCAAUGGCGGAGGCUCGACUUAACGCUGCAGCAUCAACAUUGACAACACCAGCAGCAACUGCAAGUGCGCCUGAAGCGGCUGACACUACAGAGAGCAGCGAUGUGGACUCCGCAGAGAUGGCGCCAGCGGCGGAGAUACUUGCUGGUCUGGCCGCCUCCCGAUGGACUGAAGAGUACGAUUGGGACGAUAUUGCAUCCGACGAUGAUGACGUAGAGGCUUGGCAUGCUGGAGAUGAGGAUGACGAGGAGCACUAGGCAGUGAAUGUUGUCCCUAAUUUCUAAAUGAAAGCCCUAAGACAUGAUUUAGGCCUUGCGUUACUCAGUGGAUGCUAUUCUGGUAGGCAACAAUGAGUAGGAAUUCAAGCGUGUUGUA